AUGAAUAACUUUACAAUGAACUUCACCACACCUGAAGCAUCUACAAACUCCACAACGCAUUCCAUUGGGUUAAUGGACAGUCUGGAAAUCUGUGUGUACAGCAUCAAUUUCUUAUUUUGUCUUCCUACACACUCCUAUGUUAUAUGGUUCAUCAUCACAGGAACAGGAAGUGGAGUCGCAUCAGAGUUCUUCAUCCUCAAUCUCUCUGUUUGUGAGCUUGGUAUCUGUCUGAAUAGUGUGAUCUUUGUAUUGUCAAUGUGGUUUACAACUCUUUCAAGUUUUGAACUAUUUUUAAUAGGACUUACCAUCACUGGCCGUCCUCUGUUUCAGUGUCUGAUGUGUGUUGAGCGUUACCUGGCAGUCGUUCAUCCUGUAACCUUUCUGAAGUACAAACCUCUCAGAUAUAGAGUGAUCUGCUGCACUGCAGCCUGGGUAAUUAAUUUAGUCUCUUGUUUGUGUUGCAUGUUCAAUUUAACCUCACAAAACAGAUAUAUACAUACAUGGCUCUCGUCGAUGCAAAUGGUACUGGUCUUCUCCAUCCAGUUGUUUUGUGUUGUGGCUGUUCUCCGAGCUCUGAAGCAGUCCGGACCAGGAGAGAGAGAGAAAAAGGAGGAAAACCACAUGAAGAGACGAGCGUUUAAUAUUAUUCUAAUAACUACUGUAAGCAUGGUUAUCCUAUAUGUUCCAAGAAUAAUCACAGGAUUCUUUGAAAUUCGGACAUCAGACAGUUCUCCGACAAGCUGGUUUCCUGCUUUGACUUGUUUUAUCAUGGCUGGUUUUGUUCAGCCUGUUCUUUUUCUGCACCGCACUGGAAAACUUUCCUGCCUCUGUUCGUCAUAGAAUUUCCAGUACUAGAUUAAGUUAA